AUGUCCUCCCACGAAGACGACGGCCCUUCGCCAGCGCAAUGCGUUCUCUUUUCGGAUCCCGAUAAGUUCAAUAAUACGCUCCUUAUCGGCGGUAAAGCUCUUGGCGGACCCACUACUCAACUCAAUUACGUUUACGGUACUCCGAUACGGCUCCCGGUCUUCAUUCAACUAUACGGACUCGCUCAAACAGCCAAAUUAACGCUCCUUAACGUAUACCGACUUUUCGGUUCGUUUUUUACGGGUUCCUUUUUCCUUCCUUCCGGCCUUCGGUUUUUCGGCUUUUCGGCUCUUCGGUUCUUCCGUUCCUUUGGUUUUUCUCUCGGCCCGUCCUACGGAUUUUCUCGACCUUCGGCUCCUUCGGCCCCUUUCGGCCCCUUUCGGUUCUUCAAAACCGCUCUCGCACGGCCACGGGCCCCUUUCUCUUCUAGCGACUUAACCGACCUUUCGGUACUCAAGUAUUUGCAGCACGUUAUUUGCAGCUUGAGCACUUGCAAUACGCUUUCGGUUCCUUCGGCGCUAUAG